AUUAAUUUCGUUCGCCAGCAAUAUCGAUAACCAUUCGUUUCGAGGCCAGAAACAUGUUAAAAUGCCGUUUCAAUCGAUUUUUUGUCGCGUUGAUGGCUAGACUGACGUUCUAGUCACGUACUUUUUGGAUGGACGUAGGCGUGGACAGCUUUUUAGUUAAUUCCAGCCAAUCUUUCUCCCACAGGUCUAAAAUAUGGCCCCAAAAUGUGGCUGAAUGUUCGCUUGAUGUUUUGCAAACUUGUUUUUGCGAAAAACAGGCAAAUUGCCACGUUUUGGGGUUUCCUUGCAACAAAGAAAUCUGUGCGUCAUCAUACGUACAGUGUUGCCAUUUUUAGUCCGUUUAAGGUAAAAUCUUACUUUUUAAUUGCUAGUUCUUAAGACAAUAACUAUUUAUAUCAAAUUUAAUAGCUGUUUAACACAUAAUUUGCAUUCUUUCCAUACGCUAUCGCGCUUGGUGUCUAUCCAAAAAGUUAUUUUUGACCUUUGUCGUCAUUCAAUGACGCGCUGCGUUCCAAUUUUCAUUUCACUCGCCUAUAUUUCCGAACAUUGAUCGGACUUUCGCAUACACAUUUUUAAAACGCUCAACCAUUUGUAAUUUAAAAAUCAGCUGAAGCUGAACGAAAUUUCCAGUUUGCAUGAUCAAUUGCUGCCAUAUGGUUUUGGGUACUGGUGCUUACAAAAUUGGGCUGUGGAAUAAUUGCAAUGCAUCUAUAUCGGGCAUCUUCAUACAUUCCAUAUCAAUAGACCACACUUUCAAAAAUCACACUCCAUUUUUAACAUUCAACGAGCUACCAAUUUGGAACGUAGCUAGUCAGUGACGUCAGACUGAAGCCAUUACUUCGUUUCGCUUGGGAACGAUAAGUUGCACGACGACCUUGAGAGAAAUCGAUUUUCAUUGUACUCGAAACCUCGCCUACAGCUGCUCUAUCUUGCGGCCAUACGAAAAGGUGACGAAGCGCGGCUGGUUUGAAUUUUUCUAGGAAAUCGAUUGAAAUUGGCUUUACACGUUAGCAUGACUUCCAGUCGAAAUUUAACAGCCAUAAAUUUAUAACAAUGAAAUGGUAGGAAACCGAUACUCUAUGUUUUCCCAUGACAGACCCUUGUUAUGGUAGUGACAAACCGGCUGAGGCCGACCCUGAUAUUGAAGACGGAGAAAUUACUGAUGAUGAUGAGGAUACGCCACUGGCGGCUCCUUCGGAGCUUACUCCUAUUAGUGCAGGAGCUCAGCCAACAAUUCCUGGUAUUCCCAAAGCAGUGGGAAGUAUUUCUGAUAAUGAGAGUAUCGGAGUCUCGAGCAGGGAUCCCGGAGAUCCGAAUGCAAGGAUAAGCGAUCAAGAAAGAUCUGAUGACAAAGAUAGAUUAUCGGAUGGAAGAGAACGAGAUAGAGGAAGAAACAAAAAGCAAAAUAGAGAUAAGGGCAUCAGAGAAGAUAAAGCACACAGACAUAUGACUGAAGCUGAAAGAAGUAUUUUACAUCUUAGAAAGAGAGAAAAAAUGUUAAGACAACGCGAGAAAUGGGACAAGCAUCAUAGAAAAGAAAUUGAUCCUGCAGAUGACGAUUUUGCAAAAAAUAUAGAAAAAACAUUAGCUACUAUUUUGAACAAGAAGGAGAAAGAAAUUGCUUCGUUAAGUGCUGGGGAAGACGUCAAAGAAGAAGGAAAAAGAGGAAAGAAACGGAAGAGGCCUGACCGUGAUGGUACCCGACCCAAUAAGAACAAACAUAAAAGAUCACUGGGUUCUCCGCGCUCAGACAUCGAUGAAAAUGAAAUUUUGAAUAUACGAAGUGGUUCGCCUGGAGCGGAAAUGAGAUUAGGCCCUCCUGGUUUUGGACCUCCAAUUGACCAUAGACAGUCUGGAAGCAAUUCCAAAUCUGACGAGAGUUAUAAUUCUGAAGAUUCAGAUGAAUUAGACGCUAGGACUAGGCGGAAAUUGACUAAGAUGAAGAAGAAGAAAGAAACGAGAAGAGAAAGGAGAGAUCAAAAGCGAAGAGAUGAACAGCCUAAAAUGGCGCUGCAAGACGCGCAAGGAGUAUGUGUGUUUUACAUGCAAGGAAAAUGUCAAAAGAAUGACUGUCCAUAUUCUCACGAAGUAAGCCCGCCUAUGAAGUUAGAGCUGUGUAAGUUUUACCUUAUGGAUUGUUGUGCAAAGGGAGAAAAUUGUUCUUACAUGCACAGUGAAUUUCCAUGCAAGUUUUAUCAUACCGGCCUUGCGUGCUCAGAAGGCAAGGACUGCAAAUUUGCUCACGGUCAGCCAUUAUCUGAAGGCCUAAAGCAAAUUCUCUUCAAACACAUCGAAACUGCACCACGCGACAUCCUUCAGGGCUUCCCUAGGUUAUCACGAGACGAAGCACUCAACCACAUCAAUCAAACACAGAAAAAACUCACUGAACAAUACAGCAGCAAUAAAAAUUUGGAUCAAAACACUUCUUCCUCCACUACCACGUUAAACCGAAACUCGCCAACUGGAACCCAGCAAAGUUAUGGGGGUAUUCCAUUGGGUUCAGUCGGUUUAGGAGUUUACCGUGAUGACUAUGGGGAUAAUAAGGAAACAUCGGACCGAGAAAAGGAGGAAGAAAAAGGUGGGAUACCAUCCUUGUUUGAUAUUAGCGUCCCGGUGCCUAGAGAAUUGGCCCAGGGACAAGUGGUGGAACCUAAGGGAAGUAAAAAUGACAGGUACAAGAACAAAAACUCCAGAUGGCAGCAAGAACAAGAGCACAAAUUAUCGUCCGGGUAUUCGGUCAAAAGCUACACUUACGGAGCGGAUCAAGAUAUGAGAUAUUCGGGCAAUGGAGAUAUUGAUAUGAGAACCCUACCGGCCAUUCCAUCUUCGGAGUCAAAGCCGUUGAAUGAAACAUUGGAUGGCCAAAAAGGGGAUGUCGAUAUAAGAAAUUUUCCGAAAUAUGUGGAUAUCAGGCAACCUCCAUUUGUCAGGAAUGUAACUGGUUCUAAAGAUACGGAUAUUAGACAAAGGCCGCUUGAAGACUUACAAGCAGACUCCGAUAAGAAUGCCAAAAAAGACUCGUCCGCUAACUUUACUCAAACCACAAAAGAUCUAUUUGCCCGAAUAAGUGCAAAUCAAAAAGACAAUACUGUCGAUUUUUCGGCAAAUAGUUCACAAAAUCAACAACAGUCAAGUGACGGCCAAUCGCAGAAGUAUGAUGAACAAAAUAUAAACUGGUAUUCGGAUGAUGAUGAUGACGAUGACAAUCGGCUUACCAUUAAAGUGGAAGACGAAGAACCUCAUAAGAGAGAACGGGAAGAUAGUGUAGAUAAUGAUCGAGAAGUGGACGAAUCGAAAAAUGAUGCCGUAAGUCCAUAUACCAAACCACCCAUAGCCUCCACUACUGAAGAGAUUGUGGGAAAGUUAGGCGAUCUAUCAAAAAUUGAUAUUUCCGCUGAAGUGACCAAGCUUUUAACGUCAAUGAGUCAAAAAAGCGCUAGCUGUUCAGCCGAAGGAACCUCAGCAACUGUUGCGAACGAUUUCAAUCCUGACAGCGGUUCCAGUCCGACAGGAGACGGGGCAUCUAUUGAUCCAAGGAUUUCUCGACAGAUGAAAGAAGACCCGCGACAGCAGGAGCAAAGAUCAGAUCCCAGGCUCAGUGAUCCUCGCCAAAGGGGACGUCAAAAUUCCAAUGAUUCAAUUGAAAAGCAGUCAAAUGCUGAAAAAUCCACGAUGAGCAUAUAUGAACAAGGUGGGAUCGAUAUGAAAAAAGCAGCCCUGGAUAUCGGCACCGAAGAAUUAAAAUCAUCCAGGCCAGACAUUGAUUUGAGAAACAUGUCUCUAACAUUUAAAGGAAUGCAAAACUAUACACCCGCUACUGAAAUCGAUGCUAGUAUAAACUCGCAUCCUGCAAUGGUCUGGAAGGUGUUUGUAGUUGAAAUACCAAGACCCGAUUAUACAGGGCUCAAACUAACGGUCAGUGAUGCAGAAAAAACCGGCGAUCCGCGGCUGAAGAAAAUAUUCCGACUGAAUAUUGAUGAAAAGGACAGCCCUGCAUCUCCUAAAGCCAGUCCAAAGCACAGUGGCGGAGCUAGGAUAGACCCUAGACUGAGGAAAAUUGAAGAGAAAGUUCAAGAACCCAAAGACUUUCCUCAAAAUCCUCAGAUGAGCUAUAACCAGCAAAUAAGCAUGCUUCGGUCCUCGCAAUUCUACCAAACUUUGACGAGUAAUCAAAAGCUCAUGUUGAAUCAAGAACUAGCUAGAUGCGACCAGAGCGGCGGAGGCGGUUCAAACGACCCUGUUUUAAACACUGUUUUGAACCGCUUAAAUUUAAUUCCCCAAAUGUCACAACCACAAAGCCCAAUGGGACGAAACACACACGUUGGAGCAGCCGCAUCCAUUCUCACUAAUAUAGCUAAAAUGAAUCCCAUGAUGUCUAAUCCGGGUCUAAUGGGUCAACCGGGUCUUUUAGGGGCUGCUCCAGGAAUUCCGAAUAUACCCCCAGGAAUGGGUCCUGACUAUCCAAUGAACUUUGAACAUAGGGGUGGUCCAGGCUUGUUAGGAAACGCUCCGCCUGGACCCGGCUUUGGUCAAUUCGGUGGGAUGGAUCAACCUCCAUUUGGCGGCUAUAAUGAUGACUUCUAUGGGGGAUAUGAUGAUCAAAGCAAUAUGGGACCACAAGGGGGCAACUUUAGACCAGGCAGGGGAUAUAACAACAGGGAUAACAGAAGGAGAGGCACUAGAGAUGGGUUUCGUGGGGGGAGAGGUAUUAACAGAAAUUUUAACAAGCGAGGUGGAGGCAGAGAUAAAUGUGAUAGGGAUCGAGGUAGAGGUAACAGAGGUCACUCACCUGGUUAGUCUUUAUUCCAAUCGCAACAAGAAUAAACUCCGAACCGCAAAAUUUGAAGACUGCAUUGAAAACUGACAAUUGUUACAUAAGUAGCGGUAGCGAGAAGAAUAGCAAUAAUUUGUGUUUCUCGAUUAUUAGUUUGAAAUUGUUAAUGCAACGGGAGUAUCUCGUAGGGCAUAAAUGUAUAAGAAAUCAUAAUAUUAUUUAUGAAAGGUUCCGUACGUAACUUGGUGCCAAAAUAUAAUGAGUACAGCAUGUGUCCUUUUUACACUAAAAAUUUUAAGCGGAAUUCAUUAUUUCGGAGUACGAUUGUCUGUAGAUCACUACUUUGUAAUCAGAAAUAUUUAUAACAACCAUUGGGAAGGAUUGUACCAUAAACACAUCUGGCCAUUAUCAAGUUACAAUUCAUUUUCCCAAUAGUUUAAAUACACAUAUUGGAUUCA